UAGGCUAGCACCGCCUCACCGUGUUAUUAGCUUCUACAAUGUGAAUCUAUUCUACACCUUCCUUUUUAUUCCUUGUAGCGCUUUUAAGACUUAAACUGAGAUCUCUUCGAGAUCAGCAUAUGAGGUUUGAUUUCCUCUCUCAAGUCUUAAUUCUAUUAGUUAAAGUCUUGUGUUUUUGUUGUUCUUUAAAAUGAAAAGGAAGGAAAAACAUUCAUCCUCCUUAACAAUCUUUCACUCUCCUCUCAUUCAUCUUCUCCAUUCACCUUCCUUCUGUAACACUUUAACUGAAACCUCUUCCAUGAGCUUACGAGAAACAACAUUUUGGGUCAUAAUUGAGACGGGGAGAAAUUGCAAAACCCAGGUUUAAGGGCACCCUGCUCUAUUAACUGUUGCAAAUUGUAGCCCAUGGAAGAAAAUUGCAUCCUUCCGGAUGAUCUGUUACAGCACAUACUAUCAAGGCUUCCAGUCCGAGACUUGUUGCGCGGGAGAUGUGUGUGUAAAGAUUGGUGUGCCCUCAUUGAUAGCCCUAGCUUCAUCAGGAAGCACUACCAAGUUCAAACUUCCAUUUGCAAAGUCGAUGGUAACAUGCCCCACUUUGUCUAUGAAGUGGGUCAGAAGUUGGGUCGUGUAGCAUUAUUCCACUCAUUCCACCUUCUCUCUAUACACCAAGGAGAUGUCUCUACUUUGGAUUUGGAUGAGGAUAUAGCACGCGAUAGUAAUGGCAUGCUCUGCUGUGGUCAUGAACAGUAUUUUGCUAGUUGCGAUGGGUGUGUCAAUGGUGUUAUUUUGCUUAAUUUGAAGGACAUGGACCGAGACAAGAAACAGGAUUGUUUUUGCUUGUGGAAUCCUGCCACUAGAGAAUUCAAGUCUCUCGCAUAUCCAAAUGUUAGAAAUUGUUUUGGAGUUGUGGGAUUUGGGUUUGAUGUACUAUCUAGUGAUUUCAAAAUAUUGGGAGCAUAUGAAAUAUUUAACCCCGAGCCUGUUACUUACUAUGAAGUGUACUCACUGAGAACCAGUGCUUGGAAGCCGCUCGGAGCACCGCCAAUUGGUAGCAUAACACUACCCGUUACUGAUGCGUACUUAAAUGGUGUGUUUUAUUGGUAUACUGCGCCAGAAUAUGAAAGCGGCAGACUUGUGUCCUUUAAUUUUAGUUCUGAGAUUUUCAAGGAAUCUGAUAUUCCCGAGGAUGCUAAGUCUCGGGUUUGCUACGCCUUCGAAAUCAUGGUUGCACUCUACAAGGAAAGUAUUGCAUUGUUCAUGAGCCAUGAGGUCCAGGAAAAGGCUGCAAUAUGUAACGUUGAUGUUUGGGUUGUGACUGGAUUUGAUGAUUGUGGGAUCCCACUAUCAUGGCAGCAUUUGUUCACUGUGGGACCAACUCCUGCCAACUUUCGCCUAGAUGUUCUUACAACACGAAUGAAUGGUGAUCUUCUGCUCGGUUAUGUGUAUGAAGGUAAAGACAACAGUCACAACACCCGUCACAUCGAACUGGACCGUGAAGAGUACCUGUAUAAGCCCUCAACAGCUGAGUUCAAGUAUUUUGGUAGAGAAAACUGUGCUACUUAUUACAGAUAUGCAGAGAGUUUGUUUCCUUUAUCUAUGAGACUCAUUCACUCCUAAGAGUGCUGCAAUAUUUUCACUUGUUUCUUUUUUUGUUUCGGAUCUUAUUCAAAUUAAGUUACUCUUGUUAUAGAAAAACAAUAUCCUGCUUCUGGUACUUUGCGACUAUUUAAAGAAUUAAAGUUGUGAUUUGUCUAA